AUGCUGCCACACAAACAGAGAAAGAAAAUAGGAAGUGUGAUGGAUGAAGAGAGAGUGGAAGAUCUUCCUCAUCCUGGUGAGAAUGAUGAAAAAAGAAUGAAAGAAAGAAAAUCCAGAAGAGCUUUCGGGGAUUCAAAAUCUAAAAGAAAAUAUAGUUCGGAGACUCUUCAGACUGAGAAGAAAGCAAAGAAAACAAAACAAAGCAACUCAGCCUCGUAUGAAUGCAUCAAAACCUCAUCUUCAAUUAUGGAAGACGAGGAGGAGGAGGGGAAAUCAUCAAAUCCUACUUCGUCAGGUGUUGCUUCAUCAUCAGGUGUUAUAUCACCACCACAAUCAACACAACCAACCGCUCCUACUCAACAACAAGCGUCCACAAUUGUUCUUUCAUUCAACAAUUACGAAGAAUGGACAAAGAAAGAGGUUGCUUCUCUUCUUCAUAUGAAGAAACGUGAAGGUGGAGCCUCAUUGGACAGGGAUGAUGUACAAUCUCUCUAUGAUGCUCGUUUCAAAGGAACCUCUCUGGAUAACAUUGUUCAGGAUAUCAAGAGGCACGAUGUAGAUUUUGCAAUUAAAGCCAUGACUCAAAGCAAAGACUUUUCUCAGGUUUCUGAAAGUACUUGCAAGACAGUGGUAAAUUGGGUGGACAAUAAUUUGGUGCCCAAAUCUAUUAAAUUGUUGGACAAGGAUCAAGUGAAGUCUAAAUUACGUAGACUACUAAAAUCAAAAGAGGAUGCUGCUUUAGAUAAGAUACAAGUAGCACUAUUUGAUUUUAAGAAGGACCUUCUGAAGGAAAUAGAACAAGCACGCCGUAAUAACGUAAAAGAUUUCCAAAGUUUUUAUUCUGACACACGGAACGAGUUGGCAACCAUGCACCCUCAUAAGGUGUUGAAAGCUGAUAAUGUAAAUGAUUUUGAGCAAACAUUGCGCUCAAAGACUAUCAUUCCUGAGGUGAAAACUAAAUUUGGCUUUCCAAGAUUUGAUGAACAAUAUAAGUCUACUGAAUUGCCUUUAAUAGGUGGUUUAGUUGCCAAACAUGAACUACCAUAUUUUGCACAAUUCCAGUACACCAUGGCACAAGAUGAUGAGUUAUUGAAAAGGGUAGACGACAGUAAACGAAGUGCCUUAAUGUUUUUGGGUCCAUCUGGUGCUGGUAAGACAUCAACUUGCGUGCGUUUGUUAUGCCACAAUCCUGGAAUGAUUUUAACAUGUACCUCAACAUCAGAGGCAUCCAGUGGAUUGACAACCGAUUCGUUGAUGAAACAAGCAUUUGGCUACUUAAAUGGGAUGGAGGCUUAUGAACUUUUUGGCUCGGUUGAACAAGUAGUACUAUUUGUAUUCAUCUGUAGAUUGAUUUAUAUUUCAAAGCUAAUUGAUGAAGCCAAACAAAUGCCAACUGUAUUUGAAGACUUUGUUCAGAGAGAUAAGGAUGGAAAUAUUAUUAAUGGUGGAAUACUUCCAUACCUUGCGUAUAUGCAAUCAAAUGGCAAAACCGGCGCCAGUCAAGAAGCUCUAGAGUACGCAUUGGAAUAUGUUUAUUCUUCUCCGGAUGUCUUGAAGGCAUUUAUUGCAAAACUAGUGACCAAGAUAAUUAAGUCACUUAAUGACAAUUCUGCUCUAUUUGGAAUAGUUAAGAAAAUUGAACAUUUUGUUGUGGUUAUUGAUGAAGCAAAUGUUUAUGCAAGAAAAAAUACUGACUCUGAUACUGGUAUCUCUAAAACAGGUGGUUGUGAAAAGCUUUCCGAGUUAAUAAGUUCGAGUGGUGAGAAGAGAGGACUUUUAACCAAGUUUGCACAAUUAAUUGGUACCAUAGAAAAAUUUCAUGUAUCUAUAUUUUCUGGAACUAAUUUUUCUGUCGAUGUAGGAGAUAUUAUACAAUCAGCUCUUGGUAAAACUGAAGCAAAGAUUGAUAUAGUUAAAAUAUUUGACUUUGGUUUGGUUGCACGAGAUGAUAUUAUUUCAUUUUUAGAAAAACAUAUCGCAAUACCUGACGACGAGAAGGAAGAGAUUUUAUCCUAUUUACAUGAAAAAGGUUACAAGUACUUUAGAAGAAGAUUAAUCACAUUGGCAUUAGAAAAACUUUCUAAAAACUUGAAAGAGGCGAUUAUGAAGUCCGUAGAUGGUUUUUUAUCCGAAGCAGAAAAGAAGAUAAUAGAUCGCUAUUAUGAAACCUAUAAUUCGAAAUUGGCUCGUCGAUCAGAAACACAACAGGCAAUUCAACAAGCAAUUCAAGACGCCGUUGUUAAAUAUGUUGCUCAUUAUCAUUUUCCAUUUUUAGGUUCUGAAUUUAAAGUACACAUAGAUGGUGUUGCUGACGCUUUGCUCUCUUCUGGAUUUGCUGGACCAGAAAGCUCCAACCUUGAAAAUGAUCAGACCAGACGUUAUUUUAUAUAUUCUGCAAAGGACUUUAUUGGAUACACACUUGGACUAAAAUUUCUAAAGAAGAUAUUACGCAACAAAGAUGAUUCAGAAUUGAAGGAAUUAAAUGAUUCAGAAUUGAUGAAAAGGAUUAUUCAAGAGAUGAUCAAAUUGCUCCUGGAAUCUUCAGACCACAACAUUGAUUUGGAAUCGAUUGUUAUGUUAAGACUCGCAGAGUUGGACGGUAUAUGUUUAUCUGACAUUGGUUGUUUCAAACCACUAAUCACCAACAAUCUAAACCUAAAAGAUCAUAUAUUCAAGUGCAAACAUUGUUUAGAUCCCAAUGGAUAUAUUGAGUACUGUAUUUCGAAAGGUGCUAUAAAACCAGAGAAGAAGAAAGAUUUAAAUGGAGAAAAGUUGUUCUGGAAACAUUUUGCCGAGAAGAAGUGGGCUUUACUUGAUGGGGUUUUUAUUACUCUAUCUAAUUCACACCAUAACGACCUGUUUGGUAUUAAUAGAAUUGAUGGCUCUACAAAUUUGAUCAUACCAAUGGGUUUCCAGUGUAAAGUGCAAGCUGGAACUAAAUUUAGCCCACAUUCAUAUUUCAGUUCCACUAUCCCUGAACUAUUUUAUCUCGAUAAUUAUGCACAACUGAAACCUGAGACCCUUUACAAUUUAAAAAGUUAUCAUAUUGCAGAAACCAAGAUUAACAAGAAAAACCGUUUCGUUGUGAAAGAUAAUUCAAAAAGCAUUAUAGAUGAUGUGAAUGGCAAAGGCAUGAAAAUUAAUUCAAGUGCAAAAUGGUAUAAUGAUAUCAGAGAUGCUGUUUUAGAAGUGUUUGAAUCGUCAAAGAUGAUGCAGGGUUUGGGUUUGGGUUUGGGUUUGGGUUUGGGUUUGGGUUUGGGUUUGGGUUUGGGUUUGGGUUUGGGUUUGGGUUUGGGUUUGGGUUUGGGUUUGGGUUUGGGUUUGGGUUUGGGUUUGGGUUUGGGUUUGGGUUUGGGUUUGGGUUUGGGUUUGGGUUUGGGUUUGGGUUUGGGUUUGGGUUUGGGUUUGGGUUUGGGUUUGGGUUUGGGUUUGGGUUUGGGUUUGGGUUUGGGUUUGGGUUUGGGUUUGGGUUUGGGUUUGGGUUUGGGUUUGGGUUUGGGUUUGGGUUUGGGUUUGGGUUUGGGUUUGGGUUUGGGUUUGGGUUUGGGUUUGGGUUUGGGUUUGGGUUUGGGUUUGGGUUUGGGUUUGGGUUUGGGUUUGGGUUUGGGUUUGGGUUUGGGUUUGGGUUUGGGUUUGGGUUUGGGUUUGGGUUUGGGUUUGGGUUUGGGUUUGGGUUUGGGUUUGGGUUUGGGUUUGGGUUUGGGUUUGGGUUUGGGUUUGGGUUUGGGUUUGGGUUUGGGUUUGGGUUUGGGUUUGGGUUUGGGUUUGGGUUUGGGUUUGGGUUUGGGUUUGGGUUUGGGUUUGGGUUUGGGUUUGGGUUUGGGUUUGGGUUUGGGUUUGGGUUUGGGUUUGGGUUUGGGUUUGGGUUUGGGUUUGGGUUUGGGUUUGGGUUUGGGUUUGGGUUUGGGUUUGGGUUUGGGUUUGGGUUUGGGUUUGGGUUUGGGUUUGGGUUUGGGUUUGGGUUUGGGUUUGGGUUUGGGUUUGGGUUUGGGUUUGGGUUUGGGUUUGGGUUUGGGUUUGGGUUUGGGUUUGGGUUUGGGUUUGGGUUUGGGUUUGGGUUUGGGUUUGGGUUUGGGUUUGGGUUUGGGUUUGGGUUUGGGUUUGGGUUUGGGUUUGGGUUUGGGUUUGGGUUUGGGUUUGGGUUUGGGUUUGGGUUUGGGUUUGGGUUUGGGUUUGGGUUUGGGUUUGGGUUUGGGUUUGGGUUUGGGUUUGGGUUUGGGUUUGGGUUUGGGUUUGGGUUUGGGUUUGGGUUUGGGUUUGGGUUUGGGUUUGGGUUUGGGUUUGGGUUUGGGUUUGGGUUUGGGUUUGGGUUUGGGUUUGGGUUUGGGUUUGGGUUUGGGUUUGGGUUUGGGUUUGGGUUUGGGUUUGGGUUUGGGUUUGGGUUUGGGUUUGGGUUUGGGUUUGGGUUUGGGUUUGGGUUUGA